CUUAUUCGAUAAAUCCGUGAAUCGGACAUCGAUAAAUUGAGUUUUGCUUACAUCACUAGUGCGAAAUCAGAAGCCAGUCAGUAACUGUCAGUGUCAGUUGAGAAGAAAGUUGGAUAAAAAUUUAUAUAUUGCAAAAUGAGUGAACUGGAUAAAUGGGUAGAGAUUGUAAAGGAAUGCAAAUAUUUGCCUGAAAAAGAUUUGAAAAAGUUGUGCGGACUCGCCUGCGACAUUUUGCUCGAAGAGCCCAACUUACAUCCAGUUAGCACACCAGUUACCGUUUGUGGCGAUAUUCAUGGCCAGUUCUACGAUUUGGAGCAACUAUUUCGCACAGGCGGUGAAGUUCCACAGACCAAAUACAUAUUUCUAGGCGACUAUGUGGACCGUGGCCAUUAUAGUCUGGAAUGCUUUACGCGUCUGCUUACGCUAAAGGUGCGCUAUCCGAACAGCAUUACGUUGUUGCGUGGAAACCACGAAUCUCGUCAGAUUACCAAGGUAUAUGGGUUCUACGAUGAAUGCAUGUCUAAGUAUGGGAACGUUAAUGGCUGGAAAUAUUGCUGCGAGGUCUUCGAUUUGCUAUCAGUAGCGGCGCUCAUUGAUGGACAAGUUCUUUGCGUUCAUGGCGGUCUGAGUCCCGAGGUCAGCACCUUGGAUCAGUUGAACAUUAUUGAGCGUAACUGCGAGAUUCCGUUUCGCGGAGCCUUUUGCGACUUGUUGUGGUCUGAUCCGGAAGAUAUAGAUUACUGGGGCGCAAGUCCACGCGGUGCUGGCUGGUUGUUCGGACGCAAGGUGACAGAGGAUUUUAUGGAAAUUAACAAUCUGACUUUAAUCUGCCGCGCCCAUCAACUGGUCAACGAGGGCAUUCGGUAUGCCUUUCAGGAUAAAUUGGUGACAGUUUGGUCGGCUCCCAACUAUUGCUAUCGUUGCGGCAAUGUGGCUGCCAUUUUGAGCUUCGUUGAGGGCGAAGAGAAGCCAUCGCAUAAGAUUUUUAAUGCAGUGCCUGAUGAAGAGCGCGUUAUUCCCAAACCGGGUGCCACUCCAUACUUUUUGUAAAGCCCCAGGUGUAUGUGACGAUAAUUCAAUAAAGCGCUAGUUAGCUUUAAGUGUGGCCGAAGCAAA